AUGGUAGAUGUUAGGUACCAAGAAGAUAUUCUCAAUAUGGGAAUCCAAUGCCACUACCUCACUAAGCCUCACUCUCAUCGCAAACGCCUUGAGAUUGAGACGCUCUUAGACGACAUUCAAGAGCUUGAAAAGAAAGGGAAAGUCACUACUUCACCCGAUCUCCAACCUUCCCUCCUUGCCGAAGCAAGCAAAAGUCGUGGUUCAUUUCACAGCCAGAAAGUCAAGAGACACCACAUACUCGCAGCUAAACAGCUGCGAGAAAACAAAGAGAUCAUUAUAAGACGAGCAGACAAAACACCAGCUUUUGUGCUCAUUAAAAAAGAGGAUUAUGACAGCAAACUUAAUGCCAUCCUGAGUGAUACCACAAAAUUUAAAAGAAUUACUCGCAACCCCACUGAAUCCCUCAAGAAGCGGGUGAAUGCCACCAUCACAUCCAUCAACGCUGGCAGCAACAACCUCAAGCUUCAGAAGAUAGUUGGAGAGUUCUCACCAGGCUACGCAUACGGCAACGUCAAGACCCACAAGCAGAACAAUCCACUCCGCCCUAUCAUCUCGCAGAUCCCAACGCCCACCUACAACAUAGCUAAACGCCUCAACCAGCUCCUGACACCAUACGUCCCCAACACCUACUGCAUCAACUCAUCCACUGAUUUCCUCGAGAUUCUCCGCGACGCUCCACCACAAGCAAACUCCAUCAUCGCCUCCCUUGACGUGGAGAGCCUUUUCACCAACGUCCCCGUCGACAAAACUAUUAGCUUCAUCCUCAACCGUGUAUACCACAGCAGCGACACCACACCACUGGACAUGCCGGAGAAACACCUCAAGUCCCUGCUAGAACUCUGCACUAAAGAAGCCCCCUUCAUCUCUCCAGACGGCAAGAUGUACCAACAAAUCGAUGGAGUCGCCAUGGGUAGCCCACUCGGCGUACUUUUCUCAAAUUUCUUCAUGGGCACCAUCGAAUCAGCACUCCUCACCACCGAUCGUCCCUCCAUAUACUGA